GCCGCUCCCCGUCAGCAGCCCGCAGCCCCCGCCCAGGCGCCGCUCACGAGCGGAGCCCCGCGGGCAGCGCGGGGGCUGCGGAGCCGCAGCGCGCUCGGCUCCGGCGCGGAACUGCCUCAGCCCGCCCGCUCGGCUCGGCUCGGCUCUGCCCUGCCCUGAUCUGAUCCGCUCCGCUCCGCGAUGCCGAGCUUCCUGAAGUGGCUGCUGGGGAUCCUGGGGGUCGCCGUGGUUGUGGUGGCCAUCACCGUGCCCCUGGUGCUGCUCACCCGCCAGGAGACCCCUUCAGGAAAAACGUAUACUCUACAGAAUUACUUGAACAAUGACUAUAAGUACAAAACACAUAAUUUGGAGUGGAUUUCAGGAAAUCAGUAUCUUCACAAAACAGAUAAUGGGGACAUCCUGUGUAUCAGUGCUGACAACGGAACAUCCUCAGUAAUCCUGGCAAAUACAACUUUAGAUAAGUACCAGGCAAGCACUGUUAUAUUGUCUCCUGACCUAAAGUUUGCUCUUCUGCAAUACAGCUAUACAAAGUUGUGGAGGCAUUCCUUUACAGCUUCAUAUCACAUCUAUAAUUUCAGUAGCAGUUCUAUCUUAGAUGAUGGACUACUACCUAAUGAUACACAGUAUAUAUCCUGGUCACCUGUUGGUCAUAAGCUGGCAUAUGUUUGGAAUAAUAAUAUUUAUGUAAAAGCUUCACCAACAGCAGAAGCUGUGCAAAUCACUAAAAAUGGAGAAGAAAAUAAAAUUUUCAAUGGAAUACCAGACUGGGUUUAUGAAGAGGAAAUGUUUGGCACCCAUUCUGCUCUGUGGUGGUCUCCAAAUGGCAAUUUUUUGGCAUAUGCAUCCUUUAAUGAUACAGAAGUCCCUGUUAUAGAGUAUUCCUUUUAUUCUGAAGACACCUUGCAGUAUCCAAAGACCAUUAAAAUCCCAUAUCCCAAGGCAGGAGCUACAAAUCCAACUGUACAAUUCUUUAUUGUGGAUACCACAUCACUUCCAGCUUUCAAGCGUGUUGAAAUUUCUCCACCCGCAGAAAUAGAAUCAAGUGAUCAUUAUUUGAGUGUUGUAACAUGGGUGACAGAUGAAAGGAUUUGUCUGCAGUGGCUCAGAAGAAUUCAGAAUUUUUCAGUCCUCACAGUCUGUGACUUUGAAAAUGCUACUUGGUCAUGUCCAAAGGAAAAACAAUUUACUGAAGAAAGUACAACUGGCUGGAUUGGCAGAUUUCAGCCAUCUGUCCCUCACUUUGCACCCGACAAGUCUUCCUACUACAAAGUCUUCAGCGACACAGCAGGUUACAAGCACAUCCAUUACAUAAAUGGCUCACAGGUUCCAGUAGCUAUUACUUCAGGAGAUUGGGAAGUAAUCAGCAUAGAAGCUGUAACCAAUCAAUUUUUAUACUACAUCAGUAAUGAAAAUAAUAAAAUGCCAGGAGGAAGAAAUCUUUAUAAAGUACUCUUGGAAAGCAGUCCAAAAUUGACUAAAUGUGUUAGCUGUAAUCUGGAUGAAAAAAGAUGCCAGUAUUAUUCUGUGUCCUUCAGCAAAGACACACAGUAUUAUCAGCUAAAUUGUCUCGGUCCUGGCCUGCCCAUGUCUACCCUGCACAGAAGCACUGAUGAUGAAGUCCUCAGAUACUUGGAAAAGAACACUGAACUGGAAAAUUCAUUGAAAGAUAUUCAGAUGCCUUCAAAAAAAUUUGGCUCCCUUAGUAUAGGUGGAUACAACCUGUGGUAUCAAAUGAUUCUGCCUCCUCAUUUUGAUGAAUCAAAGAAGCAUCCUCUGCUCCUUGAUGUGUAUGCAGGACCCUGCAGUCAGAAAGUGGACCAAGCCUUCCGGCUCAGCUGGGCCACGUACCUGGCGAGCACGGAGCGCGUCAUCGUGGCCAGCUUCGACGGCAGGGGCAGCGGCUACCAGGGCGACCGGAUCAUGCACGCCAUAAACAGGAGGCUGGGAACAUAUGAAGUGGAAGAUCAGAUAGAAGCAGCCAGAAAGUUUUCUGAAAUGAGCUUUGUUGAUAAGGACAGAAUAGCUAUUUGGGGUUGGUCUUAUGGGGGAUAUGCGACCUCCAUGGUGCUUGGCUCUGGGAGCGGCGUGUUCAAGUGUGGAAUAGCGGUUGCCCCCGUGUCACGCUGGCAAUAUUAUGAUUCAAUAUACACAGAGCGAUACAUGGGCCUUCCUACAGAAAAUGAUAAUCUGAAGAACUAUAAUAGUUCAACAGUAAUGGCCAGAGCUGAAAAAUUCAAGGAAGUUGAAUAUCUCCUUAUUCAUGGAACAGCAGAUGAUAAUGUUCACUUUCAGCAAGCAGCACAGAUUUCCAAAGCUCUUGUUGAUGCUGAAGUGGAUUUUCAGGCAAUGUGGUACACUGACAAAGACCAUUCCAUCUCCGGUCAAGCACAUAAGCAUAUUUAUACCCACAUGAGCCACUUCAUAAAGCAGUGUUUCUCACUGCACUAGCACCAGCAUUGUGCUUGUUAAUGAUGGUACUUCUGCAGAAAACUCUCACAUAACGUACUCUGAGCCAGUGGUACUUCUCCAGAAAACCCUCACAUAAUGUACUCUGAGCAAGUCUAAAUCAAGAUGAGACAAGAGUCAGCUCUUGGGAUACCGGUGUACACAAUGUAAUGCUAAUCUUUGUCAUGAUUCCUGUUGCCAAGCAACUAUUGCAUUUUUAUUGAUUGUUUAAUCGGGUCUUAACAUCAGCAGAAUGAUGUUGCAGACUUCUAGGAAGCAUGGUACUUGCUAGAGUAAUUACCUUCUGAUAUUUCAGUCUAAAAGAGGAACAAUCCAGUUUGUAUAUUAGAGAAAGGAAUGAUAAAAAUGUCACAUCACAAAAUAAAAAAAUAAUAAUGUUUCCAUCAAAAAUUAAAUGAACCUUGGGGUAAUUUCUGUGAAAAUAAUGAAGAAACAUUUUUGCAGAAAUUCGUAAGGCUUGAUAAUUAUUAUUUUAGAAGGGUUAUAAGGAAUACUGCAAUGUUAUUAUGUGAAGAAUGAAAUACUUUACACUGCAGUUCCUGAAGUGAGUGUGGUUGCUCUGCAAUCUCUUGUAUUACAGUUACAGAACUCUUGCAAGGCAAGCACAUAACCAGCUUUCACCAAAGGUUUUGAUGAUACCUAAUCAAACCAGUGCCAUUGAAUUUCUUUGUGUGCUAUCAUAAAGUACUGUUAUUUUUGUUUAUUUUAUAGUAAAAAUGGCUGCUACACUGGGAAUAUGCACUGCAAAAUCUCCUCUGGGAACAAGAGCCCUAUUUUUUUAAUGUAGAAGUUGCUCAUGUACUGAUGAAUAGGAACUGGUUCUUACACUGAAACAUAAAACAUUACAAUGUGAACUCGCAGUCACUUACAGCAAGGGCUGGACUGUCACUCUCCUGUGAACAUGCUCUUUGGCAAAACCUUACCACCUACCAGUACAUAUCUGCUUUUUUUACAGCACUCCAGGUAGGCUUCUCCAUCUAAUCUGAGGAUUAGUUUUCUUAAUUUUGCAUAGAAAAAAUGCAAUCCACUUGUACUAAAAAUUGUGCUGCUUUAAAAUAAUAAAGACAUUAAUUUAUGAAAGGAGGUGUAGUCCAUAUAAUUGAAAAUAUUGCUUCAGCGAAAAAAUACUCAAUUAUUUUUUAAUCCCAUUAAUUUUGAGGAUGACUUACAGUGAAGCUUCUGAUUUUGUGUAAUGGUAUCAUAUAAUGGAGUGUGACAUGAUUAUCUAACACUUAGCUUCUUGGUAUUACAUGCCAGCAUCUGAUUAUGUCUGUAUUGUGGGUUAUUAGUGACAUUAGGUGUGAAUGUAAAAGUACUCAUGCAGACAGAUAAAGCAUGGGUAAGAAUGUUAAGACACUUGGUGCAGCUUGUCCUUAAAUGAGAAAGACUCAAAUAGAAAAUCAGAUUUUGUUUUCACAAGCUAACAAUUCCUUGACUCACAAAAUAAGAUGGGUGGUUUUGUUCUGUUUGUUGGGAUUUUUUUGAAGCAUACUGGAGCUGGGUUUUACAAAUACCAUCUUGGGUUCAAGGGAGUAGUGGCUCUAAUGUAGACUGGCACCACUAUUAAAGUUCUACAGGAUUACAGGCUGUCAAUUAUCUCCAAGAGGUUUUAUCAUCACAUCUCUCAUUCUUUUGACUCAAGGCAAAGAAACCUGUAUCAGUAUAAGGUAGAUCCCAGCAAUAGAGACAGGUUAUAAGAAAAGAUAAUCAUUAUGAUGUGGCUUGCGUAUGCCAGGGUAAAUAGUUAAGAUUUAUUUUAAUGUUAUCACUCACACUGUCAUAAAAGCAAAAAAAAAUAUUUCUGUAAUCCAAAAAACUACUUUCACCAAGCUCUCAUUAGAUAAGUGCAAGAAUUAGUAUAAUCAAAGAAACAUUUAAAAAAAUCAGUGAAACUAGAAAUCAUAUGGUCUAAGUCUUUCACUAAGAUGCAAUUCUUUACAUCUGACCUAUGUUAAUGAUUCUGGCAUCUCACUGGCAAACUCCUCUGUACUCUCAAUACCUCAGUCUUUUCUAACUGUCUUACCUGGGAGGCAUUACAUAAUGCAAUGCUAAUUAUCUUACUUUGUCUGGAAAGCAACUUCUAAGAUAUGCUGCUAAUGGACAAUGAUACAACUUUCAAAACAAAAGAAAACUUCAUUGCUAUAGUAAGUGUCUUAAUUAACAUCAAUUCAGUGUCUAAUUUUUCACUGUGGUAGAACUCCCUCAGCUCCAAAAAUAAUAGGAUGAUAGAGCUGCUUCAGGGAACUGACAACUUGCUUGAACUGCAUGAGCACAGGUAAAUAACUAAAACUGAGGCCACAGAAAAUAUCUAGCUCAUUUCAUUAAUGUCCAAAGCUAGAAGUCAGUUGUGCCUGAAUUAUUGCAACAUGCUAGUCAGUUGCACAUCUACCAAUUACGGGUUUUCUCUGUAUUUUUUCCUAUGUGAAAUGGAUGUUUUAAGUUUGUUGCACAAUACACUUCAUGUAGAAUCCUAAGAGAAGCAGCAGAAGUUUGAGGUGUCACUGUUACCAUUCUUAGGCUAGGAGACUUUUAGUCUUUGGUUUAAUAAUUGGUAAAGAAGCUCAAAAGGGAUUUAGUGAGAUGGAGUCAAUACAGUACGUAGUACUGCGAUUCAUGGCCUUAAAUUUUUCGGUAGCAGAAACUUACUGUUCUGAGAAGAGCAGAAGCGUUUUAAAUUGUAUGACCUUACCUAUCGAUCUCUAAAAAGAUCCAACUACUCCUGCUUUGUCUGCAUCAUCUCUCUCAGGAGGAAGGGGGACCAGCUCAUGAGUAGUAGAUUGGAGCUUUGUUCCCAUUCUGUUCCUGGGACAGAGAGCUCUGAGCUGUCCCCAGUGUCACACUUACUGUCCUUGGUCAGACCAAAUACAUCACCACCACCUCCACCCAGGGAGCAACACUCACAGCCUUGCAUGUUUCUGUGAGAUUCCACUUGAAAAGAGAGCCAUGCUGGGCUCUACCGCUCAUUAAUUUGUGAAGCCUAUUCAGGUCAGGUAGACAUUUCAAAUAUUGCAUGGUAUUGUAAACCUCUUCUGGGUUUUGCAGUAGAAAAAAUAAAAUUGAAAAUUAGUUAGGAUAAAUAUUUAUUUUCACAUAACAUAUCUUAAUUGUGAAAAACACAAUAGUCUAUUCACAUGUACACAUAAACUUUUGUAAUAAAUUACAUCCAAGAAGUUGAGUAAUUUUGAGCAGGAAUAUGAAAUUAGAAGUAAAUAUAGCACUACAUCUGCUUUACAUUGUGUGUGAUUUCAGAACGUUAAGAUUAACAUUGGAAAAGCACUUAAAUUCACGCAAAACCAGAGUGUUUUAAAAUAAAACCACUCUGAAAUACUGAACAGAAAUACAGAAUGCCAUUGAAUACACUGAUUUCUUAAUAUUCUAAGAGUUGGUCAAGUGAAGCUAAUACAUUUUGAUUGUAUACAUUAUCUGUAACAAAGUCAGCAACAUGUUAAAACACCAUCAGGCUGCUUUCAGGACAAACCAGUAUUGAGCUUCUAUACUAACCUUAAAACAAUUGGAAUCUUACAAUUUAUCAUCAAGUACACAAAACAAAGCAUUUAACCUUAAUGUAUCAGCAUUUUUCCUAAAUUUACACAUACAAAACAUUGAAUUAGAUGUGAAUUCUGCUUUGCGUCCAUUAGAUUUUUUUUCUCCAUAAAAAUGGCUUUUAAUGGGCUUUGAUAAUGCUAAGGUAAAUUUAGAACAGUGACCCUAUUAAGUUUGCAGCAAAAUGCAAUUAUUUAUGGCUAAAGUAUUAAAACAUACACACACACAAA